AAAACAGCUCUAGCUCUAGUUCUAGCUCGUAUAUAUAAAUACUGUAUAUAUAUAUAUAUAAGUAGUGUGACAAAAUAUCAUAUGAUCUAAUUGAGUGUGGUGUGUUUUAUAUUACUAUUAUUACUAUAUAUUUUGUUAAGAAAAGAAAAGAAACAACAUGGCUUGUACUGGAAAGCUUCAUGUUGAAGUUGAGGUGAAAUCUCAUGCAGAUAAGGUUUGGGAAUCCCUUAGGGAUUUCAUCUACAUUUACCCAAAGGCAUUUCCUCAUGAUUACAAAAGUGUUGAGGUUUUGGAAGGUGAUGGCAUUAAGCCUGGAUCUGUCAGAUUCAUUACAUAUGGAGAAGGUUCUCCACUUGUGAAAGUGUCAAAAGAAAGGAUCGAAGUAGUUGAUGUGCCAAACAAGAUAUUUUGUUACAAUGUGAUAGAAGGAGAUCUGUUAAAGUACUACAAGAGUUUCAAGGCCAAUGUUCAAGUGGUUCCUAAAGAAGAAGGAAGUGUCCUUAAAUGGAGUUGUGAGUUCGAAAAGGCUACUGAUGAGACCCCUGAUCCAGAUGCCAUCAAGGAUUUUGCUAUCAAGAACUUUAAAGAGCUCGAUGACUACAUUAUUGCCAACAACAAGGCAUAAAUUUAUGUAUACUACUACUACUUUUACUUCUACUAUGUAUACAUACAUAUAUAAAAUCUAUCAUCAUAUAUAAUUAUGCCUUGUUAUAACAAAUGGCUUAGUUAUAUAUAUCCCCCAUAUGUAUGUAUGUAUGCUUUUGAAUAAAUUUGAGUGCUAGAAAUAAUUUAAUAUA